AUGUAACACGUCAGUCACUGACCUAGCUCAGCAGCUCGCCGAACAAAAUAAACAGAAAUGGAGAGCUUAGUCGACGGAUGUUGUUUUGAUGUACUGACUCGUGUUUGAGACGCGUGGUCUAUUAGGCCGCAUUUUAUAGUUUUUAUAAGUGUAAUUUAAGUGUAUUAACAGUGUGAGCGCUGACUGCAGAGUGGGGAAUGAGCUGCUCACGUCACAAUGGACAGCGAUUUGAGCCCACAGGACCGGAAAGACUUGGACAAAUUCAUUAAGUUCUUUGCCUUAAAGACAGUUCAGGUGAUAGUGCAGGCUCGACUGGGUGAGAAGAUCUGCACUCGCUCAUCAUCUUCCCCCACUGGUUCAGACUGGUUUACCCUGGCAAUUAAAGACAUCCCAGAGGUGACACAUGAAGCUAAGAAGGCUUUGGCUGGGCAACUGCCCAGCAUUGGGCGUUCUAUGUGUGUGGAGAUCUCCCUAAAAACAUCAGAGGGCGAUUCAAUGGAAUUGGAAACAUGGUGUCUGGAGAUGAAUGAGAAGUGUGAAAAGGACAUUAAAGUUUCCUACACAGUUUAUACCCGCCUAUCCCUGCUGCUUAAGUCUCUUCUGGCCAUCACAAGAGUUACUCCUGCCUACAAACUCUCACGCAAGCAAGGCCAUGAUUAUGUCAUUCUCUACAGGAUAUAUUUUGGAGACGUGCAGCUGUCGGGUCUAGGAGAUGGCUUUCAGACAGUACGUGUGGGCAUUGUUGGGACCCCAAUAGGCACCCUUACACUCUCCUGUGCAUAUCGCACAAAUCUGGCACUGAUGUCCUCUAGGCAGUUUGAAAGGACUGCCCCUAUCAUGGGCAUUAUUAUUGACCACUUUGUGGAGCGCCCCCUCGGCAACACAGCCCUCAUGCACCCCUGCAACUACAGAGCUCCUGGUGAAGAAGAAGGAGGGGCUUAUGCUGGAGUGGAGGACUCCCAGGAAGUCUGCACCACCUCGUUUUCCACUUCUCCACCCUCUCAGUGUGUGUGUACUGUAAGUCAAGCAUAUUGUAAGACUCCUAAGCCUGGUCUGAUGGCCACUCUGAAGGUCCCCAUGACGGGGCUGGGCUUCUCACAGCAACUUUGUACUUCUCGCAUGUCGUACCAGACUCCACCAAUGGGUGCAGUAGAUGUGUGUCAUCCUACAGCCUGCACUACUGCUGCCCACCCGCACCAGAUGGUGGUACCAGGGAAAGAGGGCGGAGUCCCACAGGUACUUCUUCAGCCCAGUCACGGCACUCAGGCUGACCAUGGCCGGCUCCCUUCCUGCCCUGCUGCAGACAUGCCCCACCAGGCCCCACCCUCCAGCUGCAGCAGUGGUGAUGCAGAUGUGUUGUCGAGGAGUACUGAGGUAAAGAGUGCGUCCCCUUCAGAGGCCAUUGAGACAACCUUUACCAGAAAAGUGGGAGCCUUCGUCAACAAACCCACCACACAGGUGACCACAGCCAGUCUGGAUCUGCCGUUUGCUGCGUUUGCGCCCAGAGCAUACGACCUGGAGGAAAAUGACCCCAUGGUGCACCCGCCGGCAUCACCGACCCCCUCCUCCCCGCUGCAGGGCAGCCUUCACUCCCAGAGCUCCAGCCAAAGUGGGGGCCAAACACAGGAGGACUUUGUUAUGGUCGACUUUAAACCAGCAUUCUCUAAGGAUGACCUGUUGCCAAUGGACCUGGGCACUUUUUACAGAGAGUUCCAGAACCCUCCCCAGCUUGCCAGCCUGUCCAUCGACGUCAGCGCGCAGUCUAUGGCUGAGGACCUGGACUCGUUGCCAGAGAAACUGGCCAUCUACGAGAAGGACAUCGAUGAGUUUGACGCAUUUGUGGACACACUACAGUAGACAGGAGUCAGACUACACAUCAGAAACACUUGACUUUUUUCUGUCCUCAGCUGACCUGCCAAAACAUCCCAUGGGUGAAUUCUCCAGCUUCUCGGCUUCUCUGCUCCUCUGCCAUCUUUCUUCUACUCUGAAGACACACUGUAAUUUUUAAAGCUCUAUUUUUUCUGCAUCCCGACUGGAAGGUUGGCUCUGGACUUUCGUCAAUUGCUUGCAAUCUACAAUUUGAAUCCAUUUUCCAUUCACUUUUUUUUCUUUUUCUUGUCAGUUAAUAUUUCUCUGUAUAGAGUAUUCUGCAGCCCCUUUCUUCAUCAGGUUGUUGGUUAAGCACUGUUUUUUUGGAAAAUUAUACCGUGUAAUACAUAAUAUUUCAGGUUGUAAAUAGCAAAACCUGUUAAGAUCAGGCUUCAACACUUGGCAACUCUGUGUGCUAAAGAUUACUUCUGUAAAGAAAAGGGAUCACAUUAUAUUGAAAGUAGGCUUAGGAGCAGAGCAGCUUUGGCAGGCCCAACGCAUUGUAAUGAAUGUAUGUAAUGCACCAUUUGUUUUUAUUUUUUACAGUUUUACCUAGAGAUGAUAUCCACGCGUAUGCCUGAUUGAUCGAUUCUGAGUUGAAGCUGAUUCCCCCCCCUUUUUUUUUUUUUUUAGUAAUUGUCAUUAUCUACUGCGCUCAUGAUCUGGAUGAAAAGAAGGGCCAAAAUGUAACAAAACAAAAUCCUGUCCUGUUUAGUCUACCCAUGAAUGCCACACGUGCACAUUGUAAAGUUGUGAAUUGUGGGCACUUGUCCUUACUUGCUUUUGUACGUGCAAUUCAUCCAAUUUAAAUUUGCAAUUCUUUAGGUGCAGCAGAAGAUUCAAGAUACUAGAUAGGCUUGAAAACACUACAUGUUUGCUGAGCUGUUCCAGAACCCUGCCCAGAAAAGCGGAGAAAUACCCCGGGCCCUCUUGGACUUUUGAGUUCAGGGGACACCAAGGACACACAGACAUGCACAAGAACUGAGGACUGGUGUGUGCUUUGAAAGAUGUGCACCUUGAGACACUUGCUGUGCUUAAAGCACCAAAGAAGCACACAUAUCUCUGCUCUGUUCAUGAUUUAAUACACUGACCGUGUGACAUCCUGCUAACUGUUUAUGUUAAAAGGAAAUUCCACUGAUUUUUUUAAUAGUUAGGCAUAUUACAAACAUUGAGAUGUAAACAGAAUCUUUCAGAGUAGUUUGGUGUGCUGUGGAAUGUGUCUUCACUUAUGUUAUUAGUUUUUACAAGUAAUGUUUAUGAUUAUACAAUACGUUCUAAUAUAAUCAGACAUUCUCAGAGUAACCACAGUUAUCCUACUAUAAAAUUCAGCUCAAGACCAACUUCUGAUGGUAGCUGGUUUUGGGUGGUCUAAGCUGGAAUCAAGGCUGAUGAUCAUGGUGGUUGAAAAACUGGUCAGUCAGACAAAAACAUACCAUAUGCUCAACCAGCAUAACCAGCACGACCAGGUUGGUCAACCAGUUUAAGAUGGUCUUGCUGUUUUUUUUUUUUUCCUCCUUAAAUCGUCAACAACAGGCACAAGUAUUCAUUAACCAUUUUGUGUAAUAAAUGUUAUUUAUUUAAAGCAUCCAUCUAGCUUUUACUUGCUUGGACUGGUCUGGUUAGUGUUACCUUCACUGUGAACCAUUCUGAAUUGGUAGCCAAAUAUGAUGUAUCUAGAUAAUGAGAAUAUCACACCAAACCACACUGAAUGACUUUGUUUACAUGAAAAAAUGUAAAUUGUGUAAUAAUGCAGAAUAUUUUAAAAGUCAGUGGAAUUUUCCUUAAAGGAAUCUUAGCUUAGAGCAAGCAGUGAACAAGCAUAGAGCUAUCAGAGCAACUGUGUUCUUUCUGACUCGAUAUGUAAUAACCUACCCAGUAUGACUAUACAAGGUUUAUAAACACAGGAUAAUACAAAAUCAGCCUAGUUUAGUUCAGGAGUGUUCUUACUGCUGUGCUGUUUGCUAGCCUUUCAGGGGCUGCUUUGAUUUUUUUCAGCGCUUCAGACUGCAGCCCUUCCUUUGUUAUCUCCUUUAUGGCAUGUACAUGUUGUGCAAUAAUAAACUGGUUCGUUUCA